GCGGAAGUCCUCCGCUGGCCGACCGGGAAGUAGCAGAAGACUGGGCGAUGGCAGCUCUGGAGGCCUCGCUCCGGGGCAGACCCGACGCCACGGUUCCCCCGCGGUAGACCGGAUCAGGGUGGCGGGCUCCGGGUCCCGAGGGAUGGAGGGGACUAAAACUUCCAGCAGCACCAUGCAGGUGAGCUUCGUGUGCCAGCGUUGCAGCCAGCCCCUGAAACUGGACACGAGCUUCAAGAUCCUGGAUCGUGUCACCAUCCAGGAGCUCACAGCUCCAUUACUUGCCACAGCCCAGGUGAAACCAGGAGAGACCCAAGAGGAAGAGGCUAACUCAGGAGAGGAGCCAUUUCUUGAAACUCGCCAGGAUGGUGUCUCUCGCAGAUUCAUCCCCCCAGCCAGGAUGAUGUCUACAGAAAGUGCCAACAGCUUCACUCUGAUCGGGGAGGCAUCUGAUGGCGGCACCAUGGAGAAUCUCAGCCGAAGACUGAAGGUCACUGGGGACCUUUUUGACAUCAUGUCAGGCCAGACCGAUGUGGAUCACCCACUGUGUGAGGAAUGCACAGACACUCUUUUAGACCAACUGGACACUCAGCUCAACGUCACUGAAAAUGAGUGUCAGAACUAUAAACGCUGUUUAGAGCUCUUAGAGCAGAUGAAUGAGGACGACAGUGAACAGCUACAGAGGGAGCUAAAGGAGCUGGCAUUAGAGGAGGAGAGGCUGAUCCAGGAGCUGGAAGAUGUGGAAAAGAACCGCAAGAUAGUGGCGGAAAAUCUUGAGAAGGUCCAGGCUGAGGCUGAGAGACUGGAUCAGGAGGAAGCUCAGUAUCAGAGGGAGUACAGUGAAUUUAAGCGACAACAGCUGGAGCUGGACGAUGAGCUGAAGAGUGUGGAAAACCAGAUGCGUUAUGCCCAGAUGCAGCUGGACAAGCUGAAGAAAACUAAUGUCUUCAAUGCGACCUUCCACAUCUGGCACAGUGGACAGUUCGGCACAAUCAAUAACUUCCGACUGGGUCGCCUGCCCAGUGUUCCCGUGGAAUGGAAUGAGAUCAAUGCUGCCUGGGGUCAGACGGUGUUGCUGCUCCACGCCCUGGCCAAUAAGAUGGGUCUGAAAUUUCAGAGGUAUCGACUUGUUCCCUAUGGAAACCAUUCAUAUCUGGAGUCUCUGACAGACAAAUCUAAGGAGCUGCCAUUAUAUUGCUCUGGGGGGUUGCGGUUUUUCUGGGACAACAAGUUUGACCAUGCCAUGGUGGCUUUCCUGGACUGUGUGCAGCAGUUUAAAGAAGAGGUAGAGAAAGGCGAGACCCGUUUUUGUCUUCCUUACAGGAUGGAUGUGGAGAAGGGCAAGAUUGAAGACACAGGAGGAAGUGGCGGCUCCUAUUCGAUCAAAACCCAGUUUAACUCUGAGGAACAGUGGACAAAAGCUCUCAAGUUCAUGCUGACGAAUCUUAAGUGGGGGCUUGCUUGGGUGUCCUCACAGUUUUAUAACAAAUGACUUUUUUUUUCCUUAGGGAAAUGUUUGCCUUAAAGGCUUUAAAUUUUGUUUUGUUUGCAAAGAGGAAAAAUGUUUUAAAUUAAAUUUGGGUACUAUUAAACAGCACAUGUUUACAAUACCAAAAAAGAAGAAAAAUCCACAAAAGCCACUUUAUUUUAGGAUAUCAUGUGACAGAUAGUUUCCAGAGCUACCAGCCUUUGUCAUAGUUUUGACUCUUAACCCCAUACCUUCCUUGCCCUCUCUCCCCUCAAAACAACUAAUUUAAAUUUGCUUUUGUUGUUGUUGCUGUUGUUAACUGAGUUGAAUUGAGAUUGAUGUGUUUUCAUUGGGUUUUAUCUCUCUCAACUUCCUGCACUUACAAUAUGAGCUAGAAACUUUUUUUUUUUUAAGAUUUUAUUUAGUCAUUUGACAGAGAGAGA